AUGAACGAGUCCAUCCCCGUAAUGGACCCCCUUUGCACGGGGAAACCUCCGCUGGCCAUGGACAUCAUCCUCCAGUUGGACCUGUUUGGCAUCAUCUUGUACUCUGUCCUCACCUUCAUGGCAGCCACCUCCAUGCUCAUCUUCCUUGAAGAGUGUCUUUAUAUUUAUAAGAAAGUACCAGCCCAUAAGAAAAGUACCAUCAUAUGGGUGAACGGAGCAGCACCGGUGAUCGGCACCAUGUCCUGUCUUGGAAUGUGGAUCCCGCGAGCCACCAUGUUUACAGAUAUGACCUCGGCGUGCUACUUUGCCAUCGUGGUGUUCAAGUUCCUCAUCCUGAUGAUAGAGGAGGUGGGCGGCGAUGAGGCCUUCCUGCGGCGGGGGACGAAACACAAAUUGAGGAUCAGCACGGGGCCUUGCUGCUGCUGUUGUCCCUGCCUGCCGUACGCAGCCAUCACACGGCGGUCCCUUUUCCUGCUCAAACUUGGCUCCUUUCAGUUCGCUGUGCUCAAGGUUGUAUUCACUAUCCUCUCCAUCGUUCUGUGGACAAACGGGACCUUUGACCUGGCAGAUCUGAGCAUCACCGGAUCGGCAAUUUGGAUCAACCCCUUUGUGGGCAUCUUGACAAUCAUCGCCUUGUGGCCCGUGGCCAUCACGUUCAUGCACCUCAGGACCACCUUACGCACCAUAAAGAUCAUCCCCAAGUAUGCCAUGUACCAGCUCGUAUUGAUCCUGAGCCAGCUUCAGUCUGCCAUCAUCAAUAUUUUGGCUUUGAACGGAACAAUUGCCUGUGCACCGCCGUUCUCGUCCGCCGCCAGAGGAUACAUGAUGAGUCAGCAACUGUUGAUCCUGGAGAUGUUCAUCAUCACGCUGGUAACACGUCUGCUGUAUCGCCGUCUGUACGAUCCACUGCCCGAGGAGGAGUGUGACGACAACGAGAAUACCAAAAUGGUUACCUUGCAGAAAGCUGUAUGA